AUGGCACUAAAAGUUGAACCAAAGAGUAACCUGGAUUUUAUCCUAAGAAAUUUACUGGCUGGAGGUGUGGCUGGUAUGUGUGCCAAGACCACUGUGGCCCCAUUAGACAGAAUAAAAAUCCUAUUACAAGCCCAGUCGUUACAAUACAAACAUCAUGGUGUAUUUGGAGGUCUUAUGGCAAUAGUGAAACACGAAUCCUUUAUCGCUCUUUAUAAGGGAAAUGGAGCUCAAAUGGUCAGGAUAUUCCCAUAUGCAGCAUCACAGUUUACGAGUUUUGAGAUUUAUAAAAAGUAUUUAAGCGGUCUAAGCAUACCCAUGAUUCAACAUGGGGACAAAUUUAUUGCGGGAGCUGGAGCAGGUCUCACUUCAGUGACGCUCACAUAUCCUCUUGAUACUAUCCGAGCUCGGCUGGCCUUCCAAAUCACAGGCGAACACAGAUAUACAGGAAUUGCUCAUGCUGCAUCUUCUAUGUUUAAAUCGGAGGGCGGUAUACGUGCAUUGUACCGUGGUUUCGUUCCAACAAUGGUAGGAAUGGUGCCGUACGCAGGUUUCAGUUUUUAUUGCUUCGAGUCUCUGAAAUAUCUAUGUAUGAAGUAUUUCCCGACAUCCUUGUGUAGAAAAUGCGAUAGGAAUACUGGCGGCCUAGUCCUGUCGGUACCAGGAAAAUUAGUGUGCGGUGGACUAGCAGGGGCAGUUGCACAAUCUGUGUCCUAUCCACUAGACGUCACCAGACGGCGGAUGCAAUUGGCGGCUAUGGACCCAGCUACGAAACAUUUCGGCAUUGGUAUGUUUUCAACACUCGCGCAUAUUUACCGCGAAAACGGCGUGAUAAAAGGAUUAUAUCGUGGUAUGAGUGUGAAUUACAUCAGGGCUAUUCCGAUGGUAGCUACCUCCUUCUCCACGUACGAGCUGAUGAAGCAGCUCCUCAACCUGGAUACUGGCAUGAAGGUAUCAUAA